AUGGAUCCUUGGAGUGGAUAUCAGAACAUGCCACCAGACCAAGUGAAUUGGGCAGAUUUGGCGCAAAGAUGGAUGGCUAUGCGAUCGGCUCAAGAUGACCACGAUCAUCGUGGUGGCGAUUUGAAUGGUUAUGGUGGUCUUUACGAAGGCGACAGCGGACCGCCAGGUCACUACGGAGGCGACAGUGGACCGCCAGGUCGCUACGGAGGCGACAGUGGACCGCCAGGUCGCUACGGAGGCGACAGUGGACCGCCAGGUCACUACGGUCGAAAUGGUGGUUAUGGCGACUAUGAAAGAGAUGACAUGGGCGGACAUUACAAUCACAUACGUGAUCAGGGCUAUGACUCUGGCUACGAGCGAGGUCCGGAAAGAGACCAUUAUGGACAUGGUGGAGUGAUCGAUACUCGUCAUCCAGAUGAUUGGGAACCAUCGCAUUCACCUCCAUCAGGACCGAAUCGUCCCAUUUUUCCGGCCGCUGCGCAAACGAAAGAUGAUAGCCGACAUGAUUACCAGGACGGUUAUAGAGGACAUUGGGGUGGUGGUCCUCCUCCCCUAUCCAUGGUGGAUCCACAUGGAUCUCCUUCUGAAUACCGUCGUUCGCCAGGACCGCCACCGAACCGAUUUGCACCGCACGAUUUCCCACCCGGACCAUCUCCAUCAAGCGGAAAUUGGAUCCCGCCUCCAUCAAGCGCUUCACUUCCUCCUGGUGGACCACCACCUUUCCACGGAGGUCCGCCAUUAGGAGGACCAGGUCCAUAUGGAGGUCCGCCAUUGGGAGGGCCACCUUCACAUGGAGGUCCAGUGCCGCUAAUGGGCCCGCCACACGGAGGACCAUCAUCCUCGGUGGGACCUACACGCCAAGGACCGCCACCGCCAUUAAGGGCUUCGUCACAUGGAGGUCCUCUAGAUGGAGGUCCACCUCAUAGAGAUCCUCCACAUGGAGGUCCACCUGGUACAGGAGGACCACCGUCUCAUUCAUCUGGACCGCCUUCAUGGUACCCUCCAUACUACCCACCAAAUUCAUUUUCAUCCGGUGGAUCUAAUGCGGCUCCGCAGCAGCAUGGAAACAGUCAAGCACCAGCACCAUUCUUUUCAAUAGACGCCACCACCCGAAAAAGAUUGCCGGCAUGGAUUUUGGAAGGCCUGGAGAAAGCAGAACGUGAAAAGAUGAAACAACUGGAAAAAGAAGAACGUAUGAAAAGAGCAGAAGAGGAAAGAGCAAAGCGACGAGAGUUAGCUGGAAAGGGCAGAUUCGACAGCAGCAGUGAAGAUGAAGACGAGGGACACGCUGAUGAUGAGCGCUCACGAUCCAAGUCACGGCAAUCAGUUGGGGCCGAGGAUGACGAUGGUGAGCCGGUUUUCUUAGCGAAACGGCAUGUUCUUCCUGUUGAAGACCUUCGCUCAGAGGAGGAAAAGAAGGACGAUGCGGUAUGUGCAAUUUGUUUGUUGACGAGCUGA